AGAAAAACAAAGAAUUUCCAAGUAAAAUUCGUCGCAUGUGUUCGCUUUUUUUACUUUCUGCUGUCGUUACACAGAAAACGUUUUAUUAGCAAUGGAUUUUAACAAUUUCUUCGAAUUCAAAUGCUUGCUAUGCAUCCUGCUUUCUUCUGUUAUACAUUUUAGUGAUGCUACAAAGUUUGAUUGCAUCAAAACUGACGAAUGUUCUUGUAAAAUUAAUUCCUCCACUAAACAAGAAAUAUCAUUAUGGAAUAUGAAAGGUGAAAGCGACAUUGAAGGCGCAACGCUUUAUUUUAAAAUUGAUCUUUGUAAUCAUUUUGAUAAAAACACGAAUGCGUCAAAUGGAGGAUGCAAAAAUGCGACGGUUUGCCAGUAUUCAAAGUCGAAUACAAGCUUAACAUUCGAAAUUGGAAAAUUUGGUACCGCAAAAUUUGGGAAAUACGACAAUGAAUCAAAGUCUAUCGAUGUUAAAUAUCAUGGUGUAAAACAAGGCAAUAGUAUAAGAUCAAUAACUAUUAAAUUAACCUGCAACGAAAAUUUCACAAAAACAGACUUCGAUCAGGUCAAAACAUCCCUUUUUCAUCCUACAAAAUUUAGGACUGAAAUCACGAAUAAAGCCGCAUGUCCUAUAACUAUCCCUAUUAAUCCUACGCCUACGUCAUCUCCUCGUGUUGGGUCAAAUAAUGGAGGAUUGAAAACAAUUUAUUACGUUCUUAUUGGGUUUGCCGGGUUAGUUGUUGCUGUUUGUGUCGUAUGUGCUGUUGCUUACAAGAUCCACACAAAACAAAAAGGACGUCCUCUCCUCCAAGAUGACGAAAAUGAAGAUUAUGGAGCUGUCCCAAAUGUUCGUGUUCAGAAUGUCAGUAACGCGUCCAAGUCUGAUGCAAUUUAAUUCUUUGAUAAAAUGUCUCAAGAAAAUUAUCACUUUUAAUGACAGAUCGUUCUAGUAUAGUUUUUACUGUUAUAAUGAAUAACAUAUAAAGUAUAUGAUUAAAUAUUUCUCUAUAGUAAAUCGAUAGCAACUAUUCCUAUAAAGUGCCUGCAUUUAUAGCUUUGAGAAAUAUUACAAUGUGAUUUUUGAGUUAAAAAAUUCAGUACUACAAUAAUAUUGAUUUGCAACUCCUGA